AUGUCAACUCUCACUCGGGCGUUUACCAAGCGCUCCAAGCGCAUGGAGGUGUCUUCGCCGAUGCCCUACCGUGAGGGCCAGCCCAAAUUCUCGUCCGGUACUAUAAAGCGAGGCAAGAUUUCCGGACCGGUAGAGCUCCUAUCCACGACAAAUAUGCUUGCCUAUAAUGCCCCGGAUCUCCACUCGGCGUCUUCUUCCUCCACUUCGUCAUUACAAUCGCCCGACGACUCAGAACUAUCGUUCACUCAACACGGCAUCCCCUCACCAGUUACUUCACCUGAAGAAUCGCCCACCGAACCAAAUCCACUUUCAGGAUAUUUCCCAAAACGGUCUGCGACCGUGACAAGCCAUCCGCGGUCGUCCUCGUCAACAACAUCCUCCAAUGAUGCCCCUAUGGUCCCUAGACGCGCACUUUCUCACACUAAACGAACACACCAGGAGUUAGCGCGCCAGCGCUCCAUGAAGCGCAUGUCCCCUCCACCGCUACACGCGAACCGCUCCAACAAUUCCGCCCAACCAGCUUACGAUGACUAUAACGCCGAGCCGCAUCCGUUCGGGAAGGAGUUGGAGCAAGUAAACGAAGUGGUCGAGGAGUUUGGGGGUGCCCCUCUGUUUGACGAGGAAGAGCGGAUUUUGCACAGUAAGGGAUUGAAGAAGUAUUCGGUGAACGACUAUCUUGUGGAGAUCGAGGAUCUCUACGGUAGUAUCUUCGACGAUCGGCUGGGCCCGAUAGCUUCCACAUCCUGGCUAUGA